AUGGGAGCAAUAGUAAUCAAUGGAAGUGUUCUCCAAUUUCAGGUGAAUGUAGUACUUGGAGACUGCACUGAAAUCGCAGCAGGGAUGCAGGGAUUCCAAGGUGGAAAUUUCUCCCACACUGAAUUUCUUUUAAUAGGAUUUUAUGAACUUGAAGAGCAACGAUGGCUUCUGUUCUUCCCUUUCUUACUGAUGUUCAUGUUGUCGACUGUCGCAAACUCAGCUCUUAUAUUUGUCAUCAGAACACAGAGGAGUUUGCACUCUCCGAUGUGCGUUUUAAUAGGAGCCAUGGCAUUUGUAGACCUGAGCAUGCCAACAGUUUUCAUCCCCAAAAUGUUGUUAAGCUUCUUAUUCAACUGGAAUGGCAUUUCUCUAUUGGGUUGUCUGAUCCAAAUGUUUUUUGUUCAUUUUGUUGGCUCGUUCCAAUCAUCCAUUCUCCUCUGGAUGGCUCUGGAUCGGUAUGCUGCCAUAUGCAUUCCUCUGCGCUAUAAUGACUUCAUGAACCUUUCUAAUUUUCUAAAGUUUACUGUUGUAACUAUUCUCAGAAAUUGUACCUUUGUUGUGAUCGUUGUCGUCCUUGCUGGUAACCUUCCUUAUUGCUCCUCAAAUGUCAUUGAUCACUGUUUCUGUGAGCACAUGGCACUGGUAAGUAUGGCCUGUGGAAGCACAGUCACAAAUAGCAUUGUGGGGUUGGUAGCGGUUUUCUGUAUAACAACUGUUGAUUGUGUGUGUAUUGUUAUUUCAUAUGUCAAAAUUUUUUAUUCUAUCUUUAUAAAAGCAUCAGGAAAAUCUUCCCGAAAGGCAAUCCACACAUGUACUACACAUAUAAUAGUCAUGUGUGUGAGUUAUACCUGUACCAUUACAGCCUAUUUAUCGUACAGAGUUAAGAACUCCAUCCCCCCAAACAUUCGUGUCUUAAUUAGUAUAAUACACAUUCUUAUUCCCUGUUGUUUCAAUCCAAUUAUUUACGGUCUCAGAACAAAAGAGAUUAGAGAACAGCUAGUGAAACUUGUUCAGGCUCUAAGAAUUGGUCAGACCUCUGUUAAAGUGUCCAGUGUAACAUACAAUUCACAUGAAAAGACUGGGGAAUGA